GGGGGCGGUCGGUGUGGCGGCGGAUAGGGCGGUGCGGGUGCGGGUGCUCCCGGGCCGCGCCGCGUGCGCCCGGUAGAGGCGGCCCUGCGUGUCGUGCGCGGCGUCCGGGGCGCGCCCGCCGCUAUCCAGCUUCCCGGGCUCAUUAGCAGUCUCGGUGUGCGGCUCGGCGCGGGCUCACAAAGAGCUGCUGCGGCGCCCCGCUCUCGGCCUCGCCGACCCAGUCGGGGGCGGCGGCGCAUCGCGCAACCCGCGCGGGCGCAGGUCUCCAUGCUGGGUGCCCUUUCUUGCCUGACUCCAUUGCCUGCGUUCUGACCUAUGAGCUGCCCUGGUUUCCCGAGGAAAUGGAGGGGUUGAAUCCAGGAUCUCAUGCAAGCUAAGCAUUCAUUCUACCUUUGAGGAACCGCCAGUACUCCCUCUUCAUGACACUGCUUUGUUAGAUAAUCCAAGGCCUUGAACGUGUAGAGUUUCUCUGGAUAUUGAGGCACUGUUGAAGCUCAGCCAGGGGACCCCACCCCUACCCCCAAGCCGUCGGUGGUAGACUUUCCUGCAGACAGGGACAGGGAGAGCCAUCCUGUGUGUGGAGACUGCCGGAAGACUGGAUCACCAGGGAAGUUCUCAGGACAUUAUCACGGCACUCAUUUCUGUGGCUGCUUCCAGGUAACAAUGGCUGUGUGAGCGUCUGCCAUGGCCCACCGCAAGCGUCAGAGCACUGCAAGCAGCAUGCUGGACCACAGGGCCAGGCCAGGUCCUAUCCCCCAUGACCAGGAGCCUGAGAGUGAGGACACAGAACUGCCUCUGGAGAGCUAUGUACCCACAGGCCUGGAGCUGGGCACUCUGAGGCCAGAGAGCCCCACGCCCGAGGAACAGGAGUGCCACAACCAUAGUCCUGAUGGGGACUCCAGCUCUGACUAUGUGAACAACACAUCUGAGGAGGAGGACUAUGACGAGGGCCUCCCUGAGGAGGAGGAGGGUGUCACCUACUACAUCCGCUACUGUCCUGAGGAUGACAGCUACCUGGAGGGCAUGGACUGUAAUGGGGAGGAAUACAUAGCACACGGUGCACAUCCCGUGGACACCGAUGAGUGUCAGGAGGCGGUGGAGGACUGGACGGACUCAGUGGGCCCUCAUACUCAUAGCCACGGGGCUGAAAACAGCCAGGAGUACCCAGAUGGCCACCUGCCUAUCCCAGAGGAUGACCCUACUGUCCUGGAGGUCCAUGACCAGGAAGAAGAUGGCCACUACUGUUCCAGCAAGGAGAGCUACCAGGACUAUUACCCCCCAGAGACCAAUGGGAACACAGGUGGCGCCUCCCCCUAUCGCAUGAGGCGUGGGGAUGGGGACCUAGAGGAGCAGGAGGAAGACAUCGACCAGAUAGUGGCUGAGAUCAAGAUGAGCCUGAGCAUGACCAGUAUUACCAGUGCCAGCGAGGCCAGCCCUGAGCACAUGCCGGAGCUGGAUCCCGGGGAUUCCACUGAGGCCUGUCCACCCAGUGACACUGGCCAUGGACCCGGUAGGCAAGAAGCAAGGCCCAAGUCGCUGAACCUUCCCCCUGAGGUUAAGCACCCUGGAGACCUCCAGAGAGGACUCAAGACCAAGACCAGGACCCCAGAGGAGAGGCCAAAGUGGCCCCAAGAGCAGGUUUGCAAUGGCUUAGAGCAGCCAAGGAAGCAGCAGCGCUCUGAUCUCAAUGGGCCCACUGACAAUAACAACAUCCCAGAGACAAAGAAGGUGGCAUCAUUUCCAAGCUUUGUGGCUGUUCCAGGGCCCUGUGAGGCAGAAGACCUCAUCGAUGGAAUCAUCUUUGCAGCCAACUACCUGGGCUCCACCCAGCUGCUCUCUGAGCGCAACCCCUCCAAAAACAUCCGAAUGAUGCAGGCUCAAGAAGCCGUCAGCAGGGUCAAGAGGAUGCAGAAGGCUGCUAAGAUCAAGAAAAAAGCGAAUUCUGAGGGUGAUGCUCAGACACUGACAGAAGUAGACCUCUUCAUUUCGACCCAGAGGAUCAAGGUCUUAAACGCUGACACGCAGGAAACCAUGAUGGACCAUGCCUUGCGCACCAUCUCCUACAUUGCAGACAUUGGGAACAUCGUGGUUCUGAUGGCCAGGCGCCGCAUGCCCAGGUCAGCCUCUCAGGACUGCAUUGAGACCACGCCUGGGGCCCAGGAGGGAAAGAAGCAGUACAAGAUGAUCUGUCACGUGUUCGAGUCAGAGGAUGCCCAGCUGAUCGCCCAGUCCAUUGGGCAGGCCUUCAGCGUGGCUUACCAGGAGUUCCUGAGGGCCAAUGGCAUCAACCCCGAAGACCUGAGCCAGAAGGAAUAUAGCGACAUCAUAAAUACCCAAGAGAUGUAUAAUGACGACCUCAUCCACUUCUCAAACUCAGAGAACUGCAAGGAGCUGCAGCUAGAGAAGCACAAGGGUGAGAUUUUGGGUGUGGUGGUCGUGGAAUCGGGCUGGGGCUCCAUCCUGCCCACUGUGAUCCUGGCGAACAUGAUGAACGGCGGCCCAGCGGCUCGCUCAGGGAAGCUGAGCAUUGGGGACCAGAUCAUGUCCAUCAACGGCACCAGCCUGGUGGGGCUGCCCCUGGCUACGUGCCAGGGCAUCAUCAAGGGCCUGAAGAACCAAACCCAGGUAAAGCUCAACAUUGUCAGCUGCCCCCCGGUCACCACCGUCCUCAUCAAGCGUCCAGACCUCAAGUACCAGCUGGGUUUCAGCGUGCAGAAUGGAAUCAUCUGCAGCCUCAUGAGAGGGGGUAUUGCAGAGCGAGGUGGUGUCCGAGUCGGCCACCGUAUCAUCGAGAUCAACGGACAGAGUGUGGUAGCCACAGCCCAUGAGAAGAUAGUCCAGGCUCUGUCUAACUCGGUGGGAGAGAUUCACAUGAAGACCAUGCCUGCAGCCAUGUUUAGGCUCCUCACGGGCCAGGAGACCCCGCUGUACAUCUAGGUACACCCAACCUCACCGUGGAGCCGGGAUACCAGGCAGACCCACCUGGGUCCGGACGAGCCAGAAGCCAGGACAAAGCCCUGACCCCCUGACCCCCUUGCAGCCACCCCAACCAGGACCUCUGGCUCCCUCAAAGGAAGGGUGUGUCCUUGUCACCUAGUUUUUUUGUUUGGUUGUUUUUGUUUUGUUUUGUUUUGUUUUAGUUUUGUUUUCAGUUUUGCUACAACAAAAAAAAGAAAGAAAGAAAGAAAGAAAGAAAGAAAGAAAGAAAGAAAGAAAGAAAGAAAGAAAGAAAGAAAAGGGGGAAAAAUAGGUAUGUCCUUACUGAAGGAGAGUUGCAGGGCAAUCCUUUGUGAAACUUACCAGUCUUCUGCCACAUUCUCAUCACGGCUGAUGAAGGGUGCUCACAGGUAGUUCUGUGUGGUGUGCUGUCUCUACUCCCUGAGGCUAUGGAAUGUGAAUGUGGUGCCCACCCCUCCCGUCUCCGUGGCUGUGAAAGGAGUCCCCCCUGUGAUGCAGCUGCAGCCUUUUCUGCCCUUGGCUGUGACCCCUGGGGUCCAGGGGUGUCCUAGAGGGCCCAUCUGCUGGCCUUGCCUCCUCUGCACAGGCACAGGGGCAACCUGGCUUCCAGGCUGAGACUUGUGCCAAGUGUGGGAACGUGUGAUUGAUUGUAAGUAUUUACGCAGCAAGGGGAUGCUCCCGAGUUAAAUAAAAAAUCAUGGUCACGA